AUGGCUCCUCCUAUAAUGAAUUGGGAUCUUUUCAAAUCCAAAUUAUCAAAUAUUAAACCUAUUAACGGUGACAGUGAAUAUUUGAAUAAAUUUAUUACAAGGUGUGAGCAUUUAAUAGAGUCAUAUAAAAUUUAUAAUGAUGCAGCAUUAAAUUUACACAUUAUAGAAUGUAUUCAAGAGAAAUUAGAAGGUAAAGCAGCCUUCACGGUCGGGAACAGAGUUGAAUUAAAUACUUGGCCAAAAUUAAAAACGGCCUUAUUACAGUGUUUUGCAGAUAGAAGGGAUUUAAAUUGUCUUGUGCAAGAGUUGAUCAGGGCCAAACCAUUAAAAAACGAGCAUCUUAUUGAUUUUGGAAGUAGACUUCAAUUAAUUCGUAGUAGUGUAAUUCAAAGAAUUAGCAAUGACCCCAAUAUAACUGCUGAAGAAAGAAAUUGUCAAAUAAAUCAAUACGAUAAAACCGCUUUAAAUACGUUUAUUGCAGGGUGCGACGGUACUCUUAAAAAUAAUAUGCAUUUACGAAAACCACAUUCUUUAGAAGACGCGAUGGCCUAUGUGGCCGAAUUCGAAAAUUUUGAAAGACUGUACGGUUCUUUAAACGAUAAAAAUAAUCAACAAAAUACACCUAAUAAUGGUAAUAGACAGCAUGCGCAUAGCCAAAAUUCUCAAAGAGACAAUUCAAAUUUUUAUAAAAAUCCUAAUACGUAUCAAAAUUAUGUACCAAAUAACACACCUGUUAACAAAUACCCGAAUUCUUAUAGCAAUCGUCAAUACUACCAACCAAAUUCCGUACAAAAUAGAGAAAGUUGGCCAAAUCAGCCGAUACCUAUUCAAUCCAUACCACAAAAUAAAAGAUAUUUUACUAAUCCACAAGUAUUCGGCCCUCCCAAAAAUGUAUUCAAACCUAACCAAAUUCCACAAAACCAAUUACCAACACCUGAACCGAUGUCCACAACAUCACGUAAUUUUACUGAACGUACUCGAAAACCUAUCAAUAAUAAUAAUAAUAAUAAUAGAUUUUUCCGAUCAAAUCCAAACGCUAAACCAAACUUCGUUUCCGAAGAGUUAUUCUUAAAUCAAUAUGGUAAUUCAGACUAUAAUCACGACAAUCAAUAUGAUGAAUAUGACGAAAUAGAAUUUGACGAAAACGACGAAGCCAAUCGCGAUGAGAAUUUUCAAACAGCUCGUCCAUCAGACGGGAAAACAUAG